AUGGAGAAUCACAAUGCGAACGACUCCAAAGACCCGGCGAGUUUCCUGUCCUCGAUUAUCGGCGUGCCCGUCACCGUCAAGCUCAAUUCCGGUGUGGUGUAUAAAGGCGAAUUGCAGUCUGUGGAUGGGUACAUGAACAUCGCGCUGGAAAAGUGCACAGAAUUUGUGAAUGGGCAGUUACGACGGAACUACGGUGACGCUUUUGUGAGAGGAAACAAUGGAAUUUCGAGGGCCCUUCGAGGACAGGAUCACACACAGAGCAUGAACGAACGAUAA